GUACACAGGAUAUAGAGAUUGGAGGGGUUAAAUUUACUAUGACUAAUGAAUACGAAGUUUCUGUUAAAGGUACAGACUGUACAUGGAAAGUUGACAUGAAGCAACCAACCGAAUAUGAGAAGACAAAGGGAGGAGGAACUCGUAAACUUGAUCUGUGA